UUGUUGCCCUCUCAUUCUCCUUCUUCCUCUGUCUCUCUCUCAUUUCGGAAACUCAAAUCUCACAAAGCGAUCUCCAAGCCGUUCCUCUCCAGAUCUUGUGUUCAUUAGAUUCAAAGCCAUGGAAGAGAGUUCCAGAAGCUACACUAAUAAGACGAGAGUGUACGAUAUAAAACCAUUACGCACACUUAAACCUGUCUUCCCCAGCGGGAACCAAGCCCCACCACCUUUCGUCUGCUCGCCUCCUUUCGGUCCUUUCCCUCCUGGCUUCUCCCCUUUCCAUCCCUUCACCUCCUCUCAACCACACACUCAUAACAACUCAAACCCUUCCUCAGUCACUCCUCUGAGAUCAUUCAGGUCUCCUAACUCCGACGCUGAACCACCCGAAUGUUCAACUCCAAAGAGAAAGAUCCCUAAAAAGCGUCCUGAUAAUGUAAACUUCGAAAGCCAUAUCACCACCUCCGAAAGAGAGAACGGGAACAGGAAGUUAGUCACGAGUGUUCUCACGCGCUACGAGGCCUUGAGAAGAAGGUUCUCACAGCUGGAGGACGCGAGAGAAGCUGUAAGCGGGAUCAACAAACGCGCGGAUCUAAAAGCGGGGUCCACUUGCAUGAGCCGUGGCGUACGCACGAACACCAAGAAACGACUUGGUAUCGUCCCCGGCGUCGAGAUCGGUGACAUAUUCUUCUUCAGGUUCGAGAUGUGUUUGGUCGGGCUGCAUUCUCCGUCGAUGGCUGGCAUCGACUAUCUUCUCCUCAAGGGAGAAGCUCAAGAAGAGAGCAUCACUAUCGCAACUAGCAUUGUCUCGUCUGGUUACUACGAUAACGAAGAAGGUGAUCCGGAUGUGUUGGUUUACACCGGUCAGGGCGGUGGUAACGCUGAUAAAGAGAAGCAAACCUCUGAUCAGAAGCUGGAGAGAGGUAAUUUAGCGUUGGAGAAGAGCUUGGUUAGGAACAGUCCGGUUCGGGUGAUAAGAGGGUUGAAAGAGGCGUCUCCUAGUGUUAAAAUCUAUCUUUACGAUGGUCUCUACGAGGUGAAAGAGUCGUGGGCUGAGAAAGGGAAGUUUGGACAUAACACGUUUAAGUAUAAGCUAGCGAGAGCUCCUGGUCAGCCUCCCGCUUUCGCCACGUGGAUAGGGAUACAAAAGUGGAAAGGUGGUUUGACUUCGAGGGAAGGGCUUAUACUCGCUGAUCUCUCUUCGGGAGUUGAAAGCAUUGGUGUGUCGCUUGUGAAUGAGGUUGAUGACGAGAACGGUCCUGGUUAUUUCACUUACUCCACAAAGGUGACUUACUCGGAGUCUUUUAAGCUGACGCAGCCUUCUAUUGGAUGUGAUUGUAUCAGCUCGUGCAAGCCGGGGAGCUUGAACUGUCGCUGCGUGAGGAGAAACGGAGGUGAUUAUCCUUACUGUGGUAAUGGAGUUUUGGUUAGCCGCAAGGGUAUGGUGUAUGAAUGCAGCCCGUCUUGUCCGUGCUUGGUUUGCAAACUCAAGGUGACUCAGAUGGGAGUCAAAGUGAAACUUGAAGUUUUCAAGACGGUGGACAGAGGAUGGGGGUUGAGGUCGUGGGAUCCUAUCCGUGCUGGUUCGUUUAUAUGUAUAUACGCAGGCGAGGCCAAAGAGAAGGAGCAAAGUAUGGAGAAUGAUGAUUAUGCUUUUGAUACAACUCGUGUGUAUACCGCUUUUAAAUGGAACUAUGAGCGUGGGUUAGCGGAUGAGGUUGAUUCUGAAGAGGUGUGUGAAGAACCUGAAUUGCCGUUGGCUCUUGUAAUCAGUGGUAAGGAUGUUGGGAACGUUGCAAGGUUUAUGAACCAUAGUUGCUCACCCAAUGUGUUCUGGCAACCGGUUAGUUAUGAAGAUAAUGGUCAGCUCUUCUUGCAUGUUGCCUUCUUUGCUGUUUCUCAUAUUCCUCCCAUGACUGAGUUGACUUAUGACUAUGGAGUUACUCGACCAAGCGAAGCUCACAAUGACAAUACUUUGCAUGGCAUGAAGAAGUGCUUUUGUGGAUCAGAGUAUUGCCGUGGUUCAUUUGGUUGAUAAAUGGAAUCUUUUGAAUGACUGCUUUUGGUAGGAACUAAAGUGUUAGUCUCUUAUGUGAUAUAACUCGGCAACAG